GAGCGGGUUUUCAGAGCUCACUGGCUAGACUUAUUUUGCUGGUACCUGGCAACCCUGCCAUCGCAGCGGGUGGUCAGAGAAGAAACGGAGAAGGAAGUUCAGGCUUUUUCUCUCGCGAGGAAGGACGCCGUUAUCGAAAUCCCUACAAACAACACGAGAAUUCAUCAUUCACACGGUCUGAAUAAUGUCGGAACAAGAUUUGGCGGAGAUAGUGCAGAUAGCAGUGGAGGACUUGGGCCAGGGCGACCAGACUGAUGUGUUGGACAAUCAUGAAGAUUCUGAUGACAAGCCUGACAGGAAAAGGCCAAGGGUGGACAACAGCACCCAGGAUGCAUCUCUAAAGACCUUGUUGUACUCCAUCAGCCAAACGAUCUGCCAGCGUCUGGACAACAUGGAGGCCAAGUUGCAGCUGGUAGAGGUGACGUGCCGGACCCUGGAGAAGAAGCUGGAUGCCGUGGUCAACAAGAACCAGGCACCCAUCCAGGUCCCUAUGGUGGCCGGCUCCCUUCUAGGUGCCACCCAGACCUGGAACAAAGUGCGCUGUGUUGUUCCGCAGACCAAUGUCAUAGUGAGCCAAGACCGACCGAAGGGUCAGGAGGAGUCAGUAACUCGAGGGGCAGAUUCACUGGAGAACCUCCUUAGCAACACAGUGGGCGGGCGGAGGCAGAACACGUUCCUGGUGAAGGUGCCGGCGCCGGAGGACAGCCAGGAGGAACAGGAGAGCGGUUCAGAGGCCAGCGACUCGGUGUCCAACAGUGGCCAGGCCAACAACUCCCAGAGCACCCAGAAUGUCACCCUCAUCACCCUCAACUCCGAGGACGACUACCCAGCAGGUACGUGGCUUGGCGACGAGAACAAUGCAGAGAUGCGUGUGCGUUGCCCAGUGUUGCCGGGCGACAUGCUCCACCUCAGCACCAACUGCCGCACAGCGGAGAAGAUGGCGCUGACACUGCUGGACUACCUUUUCCACCGCGAAGUGCAGGCAAUGUCCAACCUGUCAGGACAGGGCAAGCACGGCAAGAAGCAGCUGGACCCGCUCAUGAUCUACGGCGUACGCUGUCACCUGUUCUAUAAGUUUGGCAUCACUGAGUCGGACUGGUACCGGAUCAAGCAGAGCAUCGACUCCAAGUGUCGCACGGCAUGGAGACGCAAGCAGCGCGGCCAGAGUCUGGCGGUCAAGAGCUUCUCCAGACGUAGCGCCAACACGCCUGGCAGCUCAGAGGGUGGCGCUGUGGCGGAGGUGGCUCACAUGGAGGGGGUGACCCAGCAGACUCUACACUACACCCUGGCCAACCAGGCCGUCCAACAGGUCCAGAUCCACCGCAUAGGAGAGGACGGACAGGUCCAAAUGAUACCUCAGGGACACCUCCAUAUUGCCCAGGUCCCACAGGGGGAAGAGGUGCAAAUCACACAGGACAGUGAGGGGAACCUUCAGAUCCACCAGGUGCAUGUUGGGCAGGAUGGUCAGGUGCUGCGUGGGGCCCAGCUGAUAGCAGUGGCGUCAGCUGACGGAGGGGCCACAACAGUGGAGGGCUCCCCCCUACAGGCCAGUGACAUCCAGGUGCAGUACGUCCAACUGGCCUCCGUCAACGAGCACACCGCUACUGUACAGGCAGCAGAACUGGCCCCAGCCAUGCAGGGUGAGAUGGAGGUGAAGGAGGAAUCCAUCCAUCUGCCAACAGGGGAGAAUGGGGAGGUGGUGCAGAUCGUCAGUUCUGUGGGCACCUGAGGGCCUGGAGAGAGAUGGCCACCACAGAGAUACGGAGGUGUGGAUGAAAGGGAUGGGGAGUGGGGGAUUCAAUAAAUAAAGACAAUUAAAUGAACAAACAAUUAAAUAAGAGAGAAAAAUGAGCAAAUGUCAACAGAACAGAUCAAGAGAAGUGUUUUAGUUAUUCCUCUGAUUGAUUGUCAUCAUCAGAAGAGGACCUGGCCUGGGAUUAAACCCCACCCAUGAAGGAUGCUGCUCAGGCAGACAGACCCUCACUGGCUACACCUCAGCACUGGAAAAGCAUGGAGCUAUAAGAAAUUAAGCUGAUUGGCUCAAUUUACAUUUACAGUAGGCUAUGCUAACCCCCUGGACACAUACUUCACACAACCAAUACUGUUCUGUUCUCCUCUAUAGCAUCCUGCAAUCGUGUCAUGUUGGACUGCUGUGGAAAGUAGUACAAGCCUAAAAUGGGCACUUAUUCAUGGUUGAGUUUUCAUGAUUGCCCAUCAUUUCUGGUCUGGACCCCGGCUUUCGUUGCCAUCUCUUCCCAGCUUGUUUUCAUAUUGGUUAACCCACAUACAGUGGGGUCCGAAGUUAUUGACACCCUUGUUAAAGAUGAGCAAUAAUGACUGUAUAAAGUAAUGAAGUAAUUAAAUUACUGAGCUAUAUUGAAUGCUAAAAAAAUAUGGUAAUUAUAUUUUAUACUAAUACAAUUGCUCAAAUGUUUUGUAAACUCAGCAAAAAAAGAAACGUCCCCUCACAGUCAACUGUGUUUAUUUUCAGCAAACUUAACAUGUGUAAAUAUUUGUAUGAACAUAACAAGAUUCAACAACUGAGACAUAAACUGAACAAGUUCCACAGACAUGUGACUAACAGAAAUGGAGUAAUAUGUCCCUGAACAGGGGUGGUCAAAGUAACAGUCAGUAUCUGGUGUGGCCACCAGCUGCAUUUAGCACUGCAGUGCAUCUCCUCCUCAUGGACUGCACCACAUUUGCCAGUUCCUGCUGUGAGAUGUUACCCCACUCUUCCACCAAGGCACCAGCAAGUUCCCGGACAUUUCUGGGGGGAAUGGCCCUAGCCCUCACCUCACGAUCCAACAGGUCCCAGACGUGCUCAAUGGGAUUGAGUUCCGGACUCUUCGCUGGCCAUGGCAGAACACUGACAUUCCUGUCUUGCAGGAAAUCACGCACAGAACGAGCAGUAUGGCUGGUGUCAUUGUCAUGCUGGAGGGUCAUGUCAGGAUGAGACUGCAGGUAGGGUACCACAUGAGGGAGGAGGAUGUCUUCCCUGUAUGCAACGUUGUUGCCGGUGAUGUCAAGCCCUCAGUCCAGCCUCUCUCGGCCUAUUGCAGACAGUCUGAGCACUGAUGGAGGGAUUGUGCAUUCCUGGUGUAACUUGGGCAGUUGUUGUUGCCAUCCUGUACCUGUCCCGCAGGUGUGAUGUUCAGAUGUACCAAUCCUGUGCAGGUGCUGUUACACGUGAUCUGCCACUGCGAGGAUGAUCAGCUGUCUGUCCUGUCUCCUUAUAGCGCUGUCUUAGGCAUCUCACAGUACGGACAUUGCAAUUUAUUGCCCUGGCCACAUCUGCAGUCCUCCUGCCUCCUUGCAGCAUGCCUAAUGCACUUUCACGCAGAUGAGCAGGGACCCUGGGCAUCUUUCUUUUGAUGUUUUUCAGAGUCAGUAGAAAGGCCUCUUUAGUGUCCUUAGUUUUCAUAACUGUGACCUUAAUUGCCUACUGUCUAUAAGCCGUUAGUGUCUUAACGACCGUUCCACAGGUGCAUGUUCAUUAAUUGUUUAUGGUUCAUUGAAUAAGCAUGAGAAACAGUGCUUAAACCUUUUACAAUGAAGAUCUGUUUUGGGAUUUUUACGAAUCAUCUUUGAGGACAGGGUCCUGAAAAAUGGGUGUUUCUUUUUUUGCUGAGUUUAUUUCGUCCCAUAUUCCUGGCACGCAAUGACUACAUUGAAAAUGACUUACAUGUAGAGUAUCCAGAGAGAAAUAAACGUUUUGUUUUUCCUGCUGUAUUUCUGUGGAGGACACAUCCAUGUGAAUAAAAUAUUUUGUGUUGCCACAAA